AUGCCGGGCCGUCUGCUCUCCAACUUUGUUCGGGGCACGGGCUCGCUGCAUUCGUCCUUGUCAUCCACCCCCGUCCACUCCAACUCUUCCUCCACCACCUCCGUCAAUGAGAUCCACGCGCAUCACAAUGGUCCUAAGAAGCCAGCGCACGGUACGCCGGAUCGGGCUCGCUCCCCCGAGCGUCGCCUGUCCUUCUCCAUGGAUCACUUGAUUCACCCCCACCGAGACCACAGCAAGGAAAAGCGCCGCAGCCUUGGCCGGGCGGGCCGCUCGAAGGAGCGUCUCAGCAAGGACGAGCUGGCCGUACCCAAUGCGAAGUUAGACGUCCUGAUCGAAUCUCCCCCGCUGGUCUGCUACGGUAACCCGGCCACCUCGACCGGUGCGCUGUUCUCAGGCCGACUCCGGGUUACUAUCGCGGAAACGGUCAACGAAGUGACCCUCAGCCAGUUUGAUGUGCGUCUCAUCUCCAAGACGACCACCAAGAAGCCGGUUUCAAACCACUGCCCCAACUGCGCCACCCGCACGGAUGAGCUGACCCGUUGGAACUUCAUCACCGAUGAUCUCCACCUCAAGUCCGGCGAGCAUGACUUCCCUUUCAGUUAUCUGUUCCCGGGUAACUUGCCUGCCUCCUGUGAUGGCUCGCUCGGCAAGGUCGAGUAUUUCCUCAUGGCCCACGCUCAGAGCAAUGCCGGCGAGGAGUUCAGCCUCAAGCUGCCUUUGAAUGUCCGCCGUGCCCUUAUCCCCGGCAAUGACAAAUCUUCCAUUCGCAUCUUCCCUCCCACCAACCUCACAGGUCGCAUCGUAUUGCCCUCUGUGGUCCACCCCAUCGGCAAAUUCCCCGUGGAGAUGACGCUGAGCGGUGUGGUGGACAAGGGCGAUGAGACGCAGACUCGCUGGCGCCUGCGCAAGAUGAUGUGGCGCAUCGAAGAGCACCAGAAGAUUGUCUCGCUUGCCUGCCAGAAGCACGCCCACAAGAUUGGCGGCGAAAACAAGGGUGUCCAGCACCAAGAGACUCGCAUCAUUGGCCACAAUGAGGAGAAGACUGGCUGGAAGACCGACUUCGACACUGCUGGCGGUGAAAUCACUAUGCUGUUCGAUGCCAGCAUCAACCCCACCACCAACCCUGUUUGCGACAUGGAAGCUCCCGGAGGCCUGGAAGUGAAGCACAACCUGGUCAUCGAGCUGAUCGUCGCCGAAGAGUUCUGCCCGAACCGCAAUACUCGGCUCAUCACUCCCACUGGCGCCGCUCGCGUGCUGCGCAUGCAAUUCAACCUCAAUGUCACAGAGCGCAGCGGUCUCGGCAUCAGCUGGGACGAGGAGAUGCCUCCAGUUUACGAGGAUGUCCCCGCCAGUCCUCCCGGUUACACAAAGCUUGAUGAUUCCUCCAGUGUCAUUGAGGACUACCAGGGCUCCCCGCUACCCUUGCCGGAAUAUGAUGAGCUCGAGCGAAUGGACUCUCUGCGGUUAGAUAGUGACUCGUCCAACUCCUCGAUACACUCCAACUCCCGUGGCCGUAUGCGCUUCAAUCUCGAUGACCUGGUCACCGACCCGUCCCCCGCUCCAUCCGAGCCGGCGUCGCGUGCCGCAUCGCGCGCUCCGUCGGUCGACUCCUCUCGCCAAUGA